AUGCCCUUGAAUCGCCCAUCUAUGCAUCGCCCAGCCGACACCCGAGCAAACCAGCCUUUGCUCAAGGAUGACCACAGAGGGCGACUGUCAAACGCCAGCCUGGGCCAUGGGGAGGCAGAGGGCAGGCCCAUGCUACACCAUUCGCGGCGGCCUACAAUCAGGGGUGUGAGCCCGGAGCGCAACGCGGAGCAGGAGACUCGGCGCAAGUACAUGAUCGCGUCGGGAUUCCUGUUGUUGAGUCUGGCUAGUUUCGUGGUGCAGACGGAGACCGCGGUAUAUAUUCAGCAUGAGUUACACUGGGAUAAACCAUACUGCAUGCUCUAUCUUACACACGGUUCCUGGGCUCUACUUUGGCCGGCACAACUCCUCAUCCUCCGAUUGCAGCAGCGUAAACUCUCUUGGACAGCGUUCUGGCGACGCCAUGUCUAUCUCCUUCGGACGACCGCCAAGAUGGUGGAAGCUCAAGAUCUACACCUCACUUCUCGCGACUCCCAACGAUCACCGGUUCGAUACAUGCUCAAAACGACCGCGUUUGUCACCACCGCUCUCACCAUAGCCGGUGGCUCUUGGUAUGUCGCGGUCAACAUGACAACGGCCAGUGACUUGACCGCGAUCUACAACUGCUCCGCCUUCUUCGCCUAUGCGUUCUCUAUACCCCUACUCAACGACAAGCUUCGCUUCGACAAAGUGUUUGCCGUCGUGGUAGCCAUUUUCGGCGUUCUGGUCGUCGCGUAUGGAGAUAGGGACGAAAGUAAGAAGACUGCAGAUGGUACAGUCGGCAAAGCGCAUGAUGAGGCAGAAAAUAGACUCUUCGGGAACAUCAUUAUCGGAGUUGGUAGUGUGCUCUAUGGGUUGUACGAGGUGCUCUACAAGAGAUAUGCUUGCCCUCCAGAGGGCACGAGUCCCGGCCGGAGCAUGAUCUUUGCCAACACUUUUGGCAGUCUCAUUGGGUGCUUCACCCUUCUUGUUCUCUGGAUUCCUCUGCCCAUUCUCCAUAUCCUGGGCUUGGAAACGUUUCGCUGGCCUACUGGUGAAGCUGCAUGGAUGCUUAUGAUCUCUGUCCUUGCUAAUGCUACAUUCUCCGGCUCCUUCCUGGUUCUCAUCUCGCUCACUUCCCCCGUCCUCUCUUCUGUAGCAGCGCUGCUUACCAUCUUCCUCGUCGCCAUCGCUGACUGGCUCCGAACCGGCCAGCCCCCCUCCGCCGCGGCUAUCAUCGGCGGUAUCCUUAUCAUUGGUGCCUUCUUCCUGCUAAGUUGGAGCACAUACCGAGAAAUGAACGAAGAGCGCAAGAAAAGCAUGGCAAAUGACCAGUCCGAGUCCGACCUCGAUGAAUAG